CCCUGCUGGGGCAACCGAAUAGCCUUCUUAUGCCGCUCAGCGCAGAAGAAAAUUGAGUCGCAGCCCGCUCUUUUUUUUUUAUACACAGUAUGGCGGCAUGGAGAGGCUCUUGCCACGUUUGCUGUGCCCUUCUUUUUUUUUUAAAAAGAAAAUAUGCUUUCUACAAGUAGCGCCGAUAAUAAAGACGAUCUCUACAACAAUCCUUUUGCUUCGUCGUCUGACCGUGAACCACUAUAUGUUGAGCCGGAUUUGGACUUGGCUGGCCAAUCGACAACGCGUGCAGCAAAAUCUAAUGAAGCCAAUCCUUUUGCCUCCAAUAACAACACCAACACUACCUAUAAUCAUGCUAGCCAGCAACUGAGUGGUAGCAUUGGCUCCACGUCGUCGUCAUCAGCUCCUCCUCCACACCAUUUCUAUCACGAAGCAACUUAUUCCGGCCAAGACACGUUGGAUGAACCCGUUUCUACCACCAUUUUACGCGACUUGAAACAAGUGGCAAAAAAGCUUCAACAAGUAUUGCAUCCUAAAGGAGAUCGAAACGUAUUACGAGACUGGGAUCUGUGGGGACCACUCAUUUUAUGUCUUUCUUUGGCCAUAAUAUUGAGUGGAAGUGCACCUGGAGAACAAGCCGUAUCCAUUUUUACGGGCGUGUUUGUCAUUGUCUGGCUCGGUGCAGCCGUCGUCACGCUUAAUGCCAAGCUACUAGGUGGUGCAGUGUCAUUUUUCCAAUCUGUCUGCGUCCUUGGUUACUGUCUGUUUCCUCUUGUUGCUGCCGCAGUCGUAGCAUUGUUUGUUGACAUUAUCUGGGUGCGAUUGCCCUUGGCUAUUACUACCUUUCUCUGGUCCACUUAUGCUUCUAUUGGUUUCUUGUCAGAGUCUGAAGUACAUUUGCGCAACCGGCGUGCGCUGGCGGUCUAUCCAUUAUGUCUCUUUUAUCUUAUCAUUUCCUGGCUGAUCUUGGUUUCAUAAAUAAAAAGUUUUCGAAAGUGUGCAGGAACAAACAAGGAGAGUGGUGUUUCUUUUGAGAACGAGGAUUAUAAAAAAAGUAAAAUUAUC